AUGGAUCGCAACAUGAAGGGAGAUGACUUCCCGUCGGGCUAUGACGGUACCUUCCAUACUGACGACACCACGUCUGCUGGAGCUGUGGUCUCUGCGGGCUGGGUACAAGAUGUCAGCGGCCAUGUCCACCAGGCUCCAGAGGUGUGGUAUACAAAUGCGCAAUACCAGCAUGAUCUGCAAGAACAGCAGUUGAAUCUCCAGGCCAUUGCUGUGUCUCAGCCAGAAUUCAUGGCAGCAGCCAUGAAACAGGUGAACAUUCAGCAGCAGCAGCAGUAUCAACAACCUCAACAGCAUCAACAACAUCAGCAGCAGCAACAACAUCAGCAGCAGCAACAACAUCAGCAGCAGCAAAUGUAUUCGAAUGAGUACCAGCAGUUCCAACAAGGACCACGGCACCUGCCGCAACAACCAAUUCAGCAGGUUCAACAGCAAUUCCAAAUAUCAGUAGGACAGCCACUGCCGGUGCAAGUGUCCCAGACCUCUCUUUCGUCGGUCCAGAGACGUCGCAAGAUCAACACACAACCGAAGAGAAGAACGUUGACAGCUUGUGAGUCGUGUCGUAUGAAGAAAGUGCGUUGUGACCUCGGGAAGCCAACGUGUGGGCGUUGUACCAAGAGUGGUGCUCCCUGUGUCUACAGGGGUAAAAGACAGGAGCCUGAUGUCCUAACAGAGAUGUCAGGAGCUGAUGCCAAACCAAAGGCUCCGAUCUGGUCCACUUCCAACUGGUUCUCAAAGGCUGACGGCAUUCUGAAGUGGCCCAUCUUCUGCGAUAAGUACACCAUGCCACAGAGCAACACGCUCAUAGCAGCCAAAAGCGAAGAAGGGUUCCCCCAGCUGGGGACCUUCUCAGAUGAUGAACUGCUACAGAUGGGUAUCAAGCUGAGAAGAAGAGUGAGGGAUUACAUCACUUCUUAUCUGGAAAACGUUGCAAACAAGAGUCCUAUCGUGGAUGCAACUCAGCUGUACAGGACUGCAACGAUGAUUGAAAACGUUGUGGAUGCCGACCCCACUAUCAACAUCUUCAAGUUGGAUAUGACAAAGGACAACAACACUCCUCUUCCUCUGCUGAUGACGAUAUGUGCAUGUGGUGCAAUGUCAAAGACUCUGACAUUGACGAACCUGACACAGUAUGGAACCUCUCUGAAAGAGAAGGAGCCGUUCUUCCAGUAUGCCUAUAAGCUGUUUGUUGUAGGUGCGUUCUUGAACUCGAUUCCCAAGUACAAGAUUGGUGAUUUUGAUCUGAACAUGGUGCAAUUCCACAUGGCUCAAACACACUUCUGGAUGUAUAACUUGAAGCCUCUGAAGGCGUGGAGCUCCAUCUUCAAGGCAUCUACACUGGUGAUGGCUAUCAUCGAGAGUUAUAAGGCGUCGGGGCGAAAGUUCACAGAGGAGGAACACACCAUGCUAGAGAGGGUCUUCCACUGCUGUGUCAAGUACGAGUCGGAACUCAGGGUGGAGCUGAGUCCGAGUGUUCCCUCGAGUGGUAUCGUCAACUAUCCCUUCCCGUCCAUUUACCCAACUCCUCCUCUUGACGGAUCAAUGGAUUCCAAGGACGAGGCAGCGUGGUUCUUCUUCCUCACUGAAAUCAUGCUCCGUAAGUUCGAGAACAGGCUCAUGGAUGACUUCUACGUUCCUAUCAGUGUCUCGUCAGAUGAGAGUGUUCCAGUUGGUGAGUUCAAAGGUGAUAAUUACAUCCUGGACUGGAGCAGAUACACCAUCUCUGAGAUGAUCACCAAAUGCUCCGUCUAUGUGGAAGAAUUGGACAAGAUUGAGAAAUCCAUGCUGUCCCAUUUGGCCCAAAUCAUCCCAGAAGAAGGCGAUGAGAUCCAACCUUAUGGCUAUGUUCUGCAAAAGGCUUCCGAGCAGGAGGCCACCUCUCGUCAUAAACAGCACAAGCAGCCAGAGAAGACUCUACAGAACCCCAAACAGCAUACCGACUUGGAUCUGCCCUCACAGCAGGAACGCAAUAGCACCCCAAGCAACAGGACCAAACUGGAAUCACCGGAAUCUGACUCUGACGAUUUGCAGACCUUUAUGGAGAAACGGUGUGGCAGCAUUCCCGAGGUGGUGCAGUUCAUCAAGACUCGUCUGAUUGAAGUUAGGCUGACGAUGUUCCGUCCUCUCUUCUACUUGGUGUUGCACGAUACCGUCUCAGACUACGACAGCCCGUUCAUCGAGGAGGUCCUCCACCAGGGUGCCGAGAGCAUGGAUCUCCUGAACGUUCCUUUGGCAACACACCGUCAUUUCGGCAGUUGGUUCUACUGUAAGGUGGUGUUCACCUCUGUCAUUCUCGUAUGGGGGUUCUACCUGAGGUUCCGGUGGAAGUUCUUCGAUAAGGAGAGAUUGGAACGCUUCAUCAUGGACGGAGUCACGAUCCUGGAGUACUGGAAGGAUGAGUGUACUGAACUGAAGGAAAACUUGAGGAUCCUCAGGCAGUUGAUUGCCGAAUUGAACGAAUAG